AGAGGUGUCCUCAUUUCAGGGGUGUCCUUAGAGAGGUGUCCUCAUUUCAGGGGUGUCCUUAGAGAGGGUGGGUGUUCCUUAGAGAGGGGUGUCCCUUAGAGAGGGUG